GAAGAGGAAAGGCGCACCUUCUGUUUCGCCGAAAAAGAAGUUGGAGCUUUUUCACUUUACUGAAGAUUUUAGCUAGCUAACUAUAAUAUCAUUCGAAAUGGACGGCCAGCGCUGGUUGCCACUGGAAGCCAACCCAGAUGUGAUGAACCAAUUUCUGCGACAGUUGGGUUUGCUGCCGACCUGGCAGUUUGGCGACGUGUAUGGGAUGGACCCAGAGCUUCUGAGCAUGGUGCCCAGGCCUGUGUGUGCUGUCCUGCUGCUCUUCCCUGUCACAGAGAAGUAUGAGUCUUUCAGGCUAGAGGAGGAGGCCAAGAUCAAGGCCCAGGGCCAGGAUGUCUCCCCAGAUGUCUACUUCAUGAAGCAGACAAUCGGCAACGCCUGUGGAACAAUAGGCUUAAUUCACGCUGUAGCCAACAACCAGGAACAUCUGGAAUUUGAGACUGACUCUCCACUGAAGAUGUUCCUGGUUCAGUCCACUAAACUGAGCCCAGAGAACAAGGCUACCUUCCUGGAGAAAGAUGAGAGCAUCCGUGUUACACAUGAAUCUAGUGCACAGGAAGGACAGACCGAGGCACCAAGCUUGGAUGAAAAAGUGGACUUGCAUUUCAUUGCCUUUGUGAAUGUUGGGGGGCAUUUAUAUGAACUGGAUGGCCGCAAGCCUUUCCCUAUUGCCCAUGGGAAAACAUCAGAAGUCCGCUUUCUUGAGGAUGCAACAGAGGUGUGUAAGACAUUCAUGGCUCGGGACCCCCAGGAGCUUCGCUUCACAGUGGUGGCCCUGUCCAAGGCAUGAACACUGCACUCACCGAACAAGAGAAGAAAAUACGACUGCCAAUCAUUCUCAAGUGCUGAAUUUUGUUAGCUAUUUAGCAUUUUUACUGAAUAGGUUAGCAUGUGGUAUGAUGACAAAAGGUUAACUGUAAAAAUAUAUAUAAUUAAAGUAAGCUAAGCUUGCGAGGAAUCAGUAGCCUGGUUCUAAAAACGAUUCGAUUGUCAGAUUAAAAGUUCUCAUGCAACUGAAAGUUA